AUGUCGACAAUUGUCAAGCAUUUGAGCAGAAGAAGGUUUUGUACGAAGACUAUACCCAUUGUCGACACUCUAGUCAUGGUGAGGGCACUUGAGGAGAAGAAGUUCCCUUCAGAACAAGCAGAAGCACUCACAGAAACACUCAGUUGUGGACUGAAGACAGGCAUGGAGAGAAUCAAGGAGGAACUUGUCAAAUCGCAGGAGAGUCUAGUUGCAAAAGGUUUGGCUAAAUUUAGAGACGAGAUUCAAAAGAUGCAAACUGAGAUUGGUGCGAUGCAAGUGGAAACGAGGCGUAAGCAUAAUGAAGGCAUACACAAACUUGAGCAGAUGGUUAUCGAAAUUCCAUCUGAUGCUAUGAAAGAGUUUCAACAGUUGAAAGCGGAUUUCGAAGCAACCAAGUACAUCGGAGUUAAUUAUGCUAUUAUCACUCUCGCCGUCACUGCGGCUACUGGACUUGGCCUUUUUUGUCUGAUGUGGUAG